CGACGUAUAAGCGAAGGAGUUGGGCGUUUUGUAUCCACUUUGUUUUUUGCAUUCGAGGCAGAACGGUCAUUUCUGAUCUCGUCAGCAUGCCAAACCAGUUCGCAUUAUUUAGUAACUUAACUGUUUGCGGUAAUAAAGUAUUAUCGGUAUUAAUUAGUUUAGUAAUUGUAGCUACUUUGGUGGGUGUUAAUGUGAAUGCCGAUGAUUCGCCAGUGGUGGAGACUCCUCUCGGGCAGUUGAGGGGUCACUACCUGAAAACACGGGGCAAAAGAACUAUUUCAGCCUUUACGUCUAUUCCAUAUGCAUACCCUCCUGUCGGAGAAUUAAGAUUUAAGGCCCCUGUCCCAGUGAUUAAGUGGGGCCACACAUUAGAUGCCACCAAGUCAAGUCCCGCGUGUGUGCAGAGAAAUCCUUAUGUCCGACAACCUGUCAUAGUAGGCCAGGAAGACUGCCUGUAUCUCAACAUUUACACCCCAUAUACCAGUGAAGAGCUCGCCAACGUUCACAAGCUAUUGCCAGUGAUGGUUUUCAUCCACGGAGGAGGCUGGAUGUGUGGAGAUUCCUCCACUGCCAUGUACGGACCGCAACAUCUUUUGGAUAGGGACGUUCUCUUAGUGGGGAUCAAUUACAGAUUAGGACCUCUCGGUUUCCUAUCUACGCAGGAUCCUCACUGCCCCGGCAACAACGGCCUUAAAGACCAACAAGAGGCUCUGAGGUUCAUUCAAAAAGUAAUCUCUAGUUUUGGAGGGGACAAAGAUUCCGUCACCAUAUUUGGGGAAAGCGCUGGUGGUGCGAGCACGUACUUUCACAUGUUGUCCAAAUCUAGUAGAGGUCUGUUCCACAAAGCGAUAUCAGAGUCGGGUGUGGCUACAGUGCCGUGGGCGGAGGCACCUCCAGGAGAGCCUCUAAGGCAAGCCUUCCGCUUAGCGAAGUUUCUCGACUGCCCCCAAACACCCUCGGAAGCCAUGCUCAAGUGCCUUCGCACCAAGGAUAGCUACGACAUUAUCAACACAGAAUUCCAGUUCUACACGUGGGAUUACGAGCCAAUGACUCCGUUUAAAGCAGUCGUUGAGCCGGACCUCCCUGGCGCGUUCUUGACAGUGGCUCCGAGAAGCAGUCAAGAUAUUGCUUCUGUACCGUGGAUGACUGGCCUGAACAGCGCAGAAGGAUGCCUGAAAUCUGUUUGGAUUACUGCAAAUCGGACGAGAUUUAAUGAAUUUAAAUCUGCUUUUGAGACUAUAGCGCCUGUCACAUUUUAUUACGACAACUCACCAUUUGCUGAUAUCAUCAAUACAAAGGUCAAAGAACUCUACCUUGAUGAAAACGAUGAAGAGAAAUACAAACAGGGUUUGCUAGACAUUUAUAGUGAUUCGUAUUUUGCAUACCCUGCCGUAGAGGCGGUCGAGCAGUUCACCCAUCUCACCGACAGCCCUGUCUAUCUAUACGAGUUGGCAUAUCAAGCCAACAACAGCUUUUCUCAGAUAUUUGGAGAUCCUCUUGGAGACUACGGUGUAUGUCAUGCAGAUGAACUGAUGCAUUUGUUUCCAAUAUAUUUUCUGAGUAAUGAGUUUUCUGAUAAAGAUAUAGAAAUGAGCAAGCUAAUCGUGAACUUAUGGACCAAUUUUGCGACCACUGGAAAUCCGAACAAGCCGGUGAAUAUUCCCUUCAAAUGGUCUAAGGCGUCAAGCGCAAAGAAAAUGGAGUAUUUGGAGAUUUCUAAGAAGUCAGGUAUGAAGAAAAAUCUGGCGUGGAGGUCGCGGUUCUGGGGCACUUUACCGCUGUGGCACAGUCUUCAAAAGGGGCGCUUCAUAGACGAGCUGUAGGUGAUCACGAAGAUUGCAACUUGCAAGUAGUUCCUGCAUUUCACGAAUGCAUUACCGCUGACGUCUUCACUCU